UGAGGAGUAUGUCGAGUACGUCGACGAGGAGGGAUGAUGAGUUUGGCGUCGGGCUUGGGCGACCGGUUACGAGGGAGAGUGUGCUCGGGAUAAGCUAUGACCGGAUGGUACAAGGUCAGCGUCCCUCGCCUCAUUCACGGUCAAAGUCCGUUGAGUCCGUGCCGCCACUACCGAUUAUGCCGCCUAUCUUGCCGGAAGUCAAGGUCCAGGGGAUUAGUGGACCGACGAAUGGGACGGUCAUCACGGAUGGAUCGCAGUGGGGGAACAUUCAUGUUCGCGACGAUGAUUCCAUCAAAACCAAUGAUGACAAGAAAGCCGCGGAUAAACGGAUUAAGAAAAAGUCCUUUUGGGGAUUCGGACAUUCGAAGACACCACAACGGACUUCCUCGGACGCGAGCACGAAUUCGACGCCGCCGGCGCAGAGGAGGGGUGGGCAUGGUCCCGUGUUUGGGGUGACGCUAGAGGAGGCGAUUGCCGUGUCAAGGCCGGUGAGGGAUGAUGUCCUGUUGCCAAAUGUGGUGUACCGGUGCAUCGAGUACCUCGAGGCCAAGAACGCGGUUCUGGAGGAAGGGAUUUAUCGCCUGUCCGGGAGUUCCUCAGUCGUGAAGAUGCUGAAGGAGAAGUUUGAUAAGGAGGGGGAUGCAGAGUUGUUUGGUGCGAAGGAGAUGUACGAUGUACAUGCCGUCGCCGGCUUGUUGAAGCUGUAUCUGAGGGAGUUGCCGGUGAGUGUGUUGACACGCGAACUGCAUGUCGAGUUCUUGCAGGUGAUCGGUGAGGUGGACGACUUGCCGGCACGAACAAGAGAGGUGAAUCGACUCGUUCAUCGACUACCGCCUGCGAAUUUCUCGUUGUUGAGAGUGUUGUGCGCGCAUUUGAUCAGGGUUGUGGAGAAUUCAAAUGUGAAUAAGAUGACGGCGAGGAAUGUCGGGAUUGUGUUUUCGCCGACGUUGAAUAUUCCUGCGGGGGUGCUGACGUUGUUUCUGGGUGAUUUCGAGGGAGUGUUCAUGGAGGAUGUGGAUGCUCUUGCAGACCUCGUACAGAAUUAUGACGAAGGAUAUGGUCAGAGCAGCCAGGAGCAGUAUGCUGAGGGGCAGUAUGAUACGCGGAACCAUGGAGGGUUACAUGUUCCUACCAGUCUGCGGGAUGACCGGCGUUCGCGAAACAGACAUUCGCACAUUGUGGGAGGAGAUCUUGGGUAUGGGAACGGUGGAUACGGCGGGAGAUUACACAACGUGUACGAGUGAGUUUAAGAGCUGAGAGGGAGGAUAUUUUGGCACACGAAAUUUGCAAAGGAGUUUUUCAUUCGCUUGAAAGUUUGGCAUCGAUCAUCAUUGGGAAGGCUCUCAGAUCAACAGCAUGCUUAAGGCCAAGGACAUUUGGCUACAUCUACGUCACUACUACUUAAUAUCUUCAAGACAAUACAUUCGCUUCUCA